AUGUGCCCGGCCUUCGAGGAUACUGAGGGAGGCGACGCUGUGACUCAAUGGAAGAGCGUCUACAUCCCCCCAAUUCAGGCUCGCCUGCAAGCACUUAUCGAAGGAAACCUCACCCUCACUGCAGACGACGUGAACCAAAUUCCGUAUCUAUGUGGCUACGAGAGCCAGAUACUGGGACGUCUAUCACCAUGGUGCGACAUAUUCUCCGACGAGGAGUUCCUUCAGUACGAAUACUUCCAGGACCUUCGCUAUUACUACGGUGUUGGCCUCGGCACUGAUCUUCCCCAAAAGAUGAUGACACCCUAUUUGAAUGCCCUGGUGGGCAUUUUAGAGAAGGGUCCAUCAGUUACCGGCAAACGCGAGGAUGGAAGCUCUUUCGAUUUACCGAAGCUCAUCAUGUCUUUCCUCAAUGAUGGACAGCUCAACGAGUUGGCAGCCGCCUCCGGAGUCUUCGAUGAUCAACAGCCCCUCUCCAGCACCGAAAAAGACGACGAUCGCUUGUUUGUUAGCUCUAGAUUCACAACCAUGCGGGGAACUAUUGCUUUUGAGCGACUCAACUGCGUCGUGGCUGGCAACGCUACAUCCCCCCAGGCGAUUCGGCGAAGUAGAUGCAACUCCACCCAACCCUUACCCCCAGUGCAAGGCUCACAUAAUGCGACAUAUGUCCGUAUUCGCCUUAACGAUGCUGUAUAUCCGCUACCAUCUUGUAAAAACGGACCUGGCUCCUCAUGCUUGUUGAAAGACUACAAGGAGUAUGUCGCCACGAAGCAAGAAUCUCAGGGCAAUUGGAUCCAAAACUGCAACGUUACCACCCCUGGGGCGCCAACAGAGGUCAAGGGAGCAAGUUUUUAUACCGAUCUCAGCAGUCCGUGGUUAAGUCAUGUUGCUCCUUAA